AUGAUGACGAAAAGAAGGAACAAACAGGUCUAUCUGACGAUAUUUUUCGUCAUUUCACUGACUGUUCUUAUUCAUAGGUACAAUGAACUAAACAAUAAUAAUAAGUACUGUUCGUGUUAUCGAUCAGCGUCUACUUAUACUAAUGAUAACCAAAUGUCUUUAUGUUCAAUACGGAGUGCAAACCGUGGAUUGAAUCAAAAGAUAAUUUCUAUUAGCUUCUUUGGACCGAUUGAAAAUCCCGAAAUGUUUUCAAUGAAUAAUUCAAUCUUACUUCUUGAACAACUGAUCAAUGAAAUGUUAGAGGUUUAUCAUGAUGACUGGAUAUUACGCAUUUAUCAUGAUGAAAAACUUCUCGAUCGAAACACGAUAUGUCAUUUUGAAUGUCUUUACGAUUUGAUCGAUUUCUGUAAUGUGACGAACAUGAAUUUAGAUUUUAUACCGCCAAAAAUCUGGCGAUUUUUGCCGGCUGCUGAUGAAACCGUAAGUGUUAUGACUAGUCGUGAUCUUGAUUCACCUUUGACUGAACGGGAGCGUGCUGCAAUCGAUGAAUGGUUAUUAACAAAUUUGAGUUUUCACAUGAUGCGCGAUCAUCCACAGCAUAAAGCACCAAUGAUGGGUGGAAUGUGGGCAUUUCGAGUCGAAUAUGAUCGUCAAUUUUCACGUCUCAUUCGUUCUAAACUAUUCAAUCAGUCCAUCAUAACUAGGUAUCCUCUCAAUACUGAUCAACAAUUUCUUGCGGAUCACGUAUGGCCAUAUGCCAAAUAUUACAUUAUGACUCACGAUAGUUACUGGUGUAGCGACACCGAUUGGAACAGACAUCACCGAGCAUUUCCGACACAAAGAUUGACAAAUAAUGUGACCAACUAUUGCUUUAUCGGCUGUCCGAAACCUUGUUGCCUUCAUGCGAAUGAUUUCCAUCAACUACCUUGUCCUAUCGCUUGUCGACCGAGGGAUCAUCAAGAUUGGACAUUUUGUUAA